AUGGGAUAUUUAUUAUCUCAAAAGGGUGGAUAUGGUAGUAUUGGUUUCUCAAAACAUGACCUUUACAAGCAUUUUUAUCGAGCCCAACGUGAUAUGAUUAAAGAUGGGGAUGUGCGUGUUGCAUUAAGCUAUUUAGAAGGCAAGGCUGGUAAUGAUACAAUGUUUUAUUCAAAUUUUCAAACUACAGAUGAUGGUAAAUUGAAGCAUUUAUUUUGGGCAGAUGGAUGUAGUAGAUCAGACUUCCAAUGUUUUGGUGAUAUACUUGCAUUUGACACCACCUACAAAAAGAAUAAAUACAACAUUCCUAUGGUAAUUUUCUCUAGUUGUAAUCAUCAUUUUCAAACAACUAUUUUUGGUUGUGCUUUGUUGGCUGAUGAGACUACUGAGACUUAUAAGUGGGUGUUGGAGACUGGCUUGGAUGCAAUGCAUAAUAAAUAUCCAAGAUCAGUUGUUACAGAUGGUGAUGGAGCUAUGAGGAAGGCCAUAUGA